CGACAGGCUGGAGGCUCGACACUCACAGGAGACAUCUAAAGCUUUUUAAAAAUUUACAAAUACAUUUACAUUUCAUAUGUUUCUUUAGAAAAAUUGAUAUAUUAAUCUUUUAUAUAAUUUAUAGAAAUUGAGUCAUAAAACAGAUAUAAACUGGUGUGUUUUUGAAGGCGAUAGUGUGUUUGGGGAUAGGUGCGGUGCAUUGCUGGCCAGUGUUUACAGGGCCACUGCUAGUCUUGCCGGGAGGACGUGAACACUCCGCCACUAUGGUUGCCAAGGGAAAGCUCACCAAGGAAGAGGAACUGCUGCUCCAGGACUUCAGUAGAAAUGUAUCCAAGAAGAGUUCAAUCAUCUUCUACUUCAACGCACUAAUUGUGUCCGCCAUCCCAAUAUGGCUGUUUUGGCGCAUCCACAUGAUGGAUCCACUGUCCUCCGCUGCCAUCUUUGGUCUUGUCACUGCCAUUGCCACCUAUCUGGUGGCUUUUGCUUACAUGAACACCAAGUUUGUCCUGAAACACAAGGUGGCCCAGAAGGUUGAGGAUGCCGUGACUCGAGAAGUGAUGCGCAAGCUUUCUGAUGACAAGAAGAUGGCCAAGAAGGAGAAGGAUGAAAGGGUGCUGUGGAAGAAGAAUGAAGUGGCUGAAGCUGAAGCCACAACCUUCUCUCUCUUCUACAACAAUGCUCUGUUCCUCAUGCUGGUGGUGGUGGGCUCCUUCCUCAUCUUCAAGUCAGUCACUCCCGCCUACAACUAUGUGUUCAGCACCCUGGGAGCAGCCGGCAUCAUUGCUCUCUUCUCCACUAGCACACAGUAGAGGCUCACACCACCUCUCCCUCUCUUUCUCUUGGUGUUUGAUCCUUUGUCAUCAGUGCUUUGGUUGCAUCUCCAUAGCAUUUUAUUCUUAUUUUUUUCUGUGAUGUUAGGUCAUGCUUCAUCAUCUGUGUCCUGUUGUUUUGAAUGGUUAGUAGUUAUUGUUUUGGGGUACAUGGAUGCUUAUUUUGUAUGUUGGAGAAACUAUUGACCAUCUUGAAUACUGUGAAAAAUAUCAUACAAACAUGUAACUUAGAGACAUUUUGAAUCUUGACUGUAUAAUUCAGUUCAGUUCAAUGUUCCAUGUUCCACAGUUUACCACUCUGAGCUCUCAGUAAUUCAAAGGGAGCCAGAGGGAUAAACAUGUCUUCUUUGUGAAAUGAAGGCUUGUAUAUACAUAAUGUAUAUACUUCAUGGUGUAUCUAAUUCUUUCACAAAAGUGUCUUGAUUUUUUUCUUUUUGUAUAGAACUCCCAUAGUCCAUCUGUGUCAGUUCAGAGGACUGUUGUCGUUUAUUUCACCUUGCCUGUAGGCUUUGUUCCUGUAAGCUUCGGUGUUAAGCCUGUAUUCCUCCUGUCAUGCCCCUUUUGGGCAUUUCACAGAAGCACUGACACAUUUAUUUGAGAAACCUGUGCCAGGGAUUGAACCCUCUGACCAGGGAAAAAAGUACAGCCACUAAGUGCUUCAAGACUGUAUUAAUGAAUGCCAGGCCCAAAAUAUUUGGGGGAUUUAAGAAAAUGUGAUUUGUCAACAGUAUUGUCAUCUUUAACACAGCACUUAUUUGGUUGACAAUUUAUAUUCUGCCAUAAUUGUAUUUCUUGAUGUCACUGUUAUUUGUUACUCAUCAGACAUCAUUGAAUGAAGACCAUACUGCAUACAGUUGUGAAUAGUGCAGGUACUUAGACAUGUUCAAAUGACUCGUGUGUGUGUGUGUGUGUGUGUGUGUGUGUGUGUGUGUGUGUGUGUGUGUGUGUGUGUGUGGCAUGACUGAUAUGAAAUGGAUUGGUUAAAUUAUGACCAAGUCUUUAAAAAGGAUUAAAUAAAUGGAUAUUGACUACUGUU